AUCAAAGAGGCAAAGCCUACAAAGAUCCUUUUUCCCCUCUGUUAUCUGUGACUCUCAUUAGAGUGGAAAAACCUAGAGAUACUUUUACAGUUCUGCUUCCUUUCUCUAUCAGAAAGCAUCAAAAAGACCUGGUUUUUGAAUCAACAUUUGUUAAAAUGGAAAAUGGGGCAGGAAUGGUUGAUGAUUCUGUUACAGUAGACAAUAAGAUUGUGGAUGAAAGAGUUGCCAAUGAUGACGGGAAGGAGAAGGUUGAUGGGGGUUUGGAUGAAACAAAGGAUGUAAAAGAUGAUGUUUUUGAGGAGGCAAUUGAAGCACAAGAGAAUUUGCCGGAGCUGACAGAAAUUUCUGAAAUGGAUAACGGGAGUGGAGUUGCUGGUGCAAUUGGAAAUGGUGAUACUAAUGGUGACACUGAUUUACAGGAAGUUAAGGAGAAUUCAAAUUCAGAAUCUGAAGCAGAGACUUUUGAAGAGGCUGUUGGGUUUCCAAUUGAUGUUGGAUCUGAAGAGGAUAUGGUGCCAAGUGAGGCUGGACCUCAGGUGGAUGUGGUUCCAGGGAAUGUCGGUCCUCAGGUGAAUACCAGUCCAAGCGAAAUUGUAGUUCAGGAGGGUCUGGAAUUAUCAGUGGAUGAGCAUAAAGACGAGGAACUGUUUUGCGGGGAAAAUGUUGGUGGAGGUGUUGUGUCCAAUAAGAUUGAUGAGGGAGGGACUGAAAUGGGAUCAGGGACUGAUGAACUGAGUGGUGGAAAGGAGCUGCUUGAAAUUGGUAGUACAGGAGAAAUUGAAGUCCCGAGGGACGAGAAUGAGGGAAACACAAUGAUGGAUUCAUUAAUUGAGAAGCAUGUGAAUGGAGUUGCUGAUGCGGAAUAUUUAGAGGGAACAUUGGCUGAUAAAAAUUUGGAAACUCCAGAAGUUGCUAAACUGGAGGAGGAUGUUAAAAUGGACCCAAAGUUGGAAGUUUUACCUCAAGCAGAUAAGGGUGAGGAAUCACCAGAGGGUGCAGUAGCUACUGAUUUUCAAGAUAAAAUGGCUGGGGCCACUGCUGAUACUUCAGCAGGCAUGAUUGGCAAUGAAAUUGAAGCAUUACAUGACAAAUCAGCUAAUUUUGAUACAGGGGAUCAGGGAAAACAGAGUGCUGAAGUGAAAAAUGCCAAAGCUGGUCUUGGUUCAGUGGAUGCUGGGGACGAGGGAGAAAAAGCAACAAUGGAAGUUGCUAAGGUGGAGGAGGAUGUUAAAAUGGAUCCAAAUUCGGAAGUUUUGCCUCAACCUGAUAAGGGUGAGGAAUCAACGGUGGGUGUAGUGGCUACUGAUUUUCAAGAUAAAAUGGCCAGGGCCUCUGCUGAUACUUCAGCAGGCAUGAUUGUCAAUGAAAUUGAAGCAUUACAUGUCAAGUCAACUGAUUUUGAUACAGGGGAUCAGGGAAAAGAGAGUGCCGAAGUGAAAGAUGCCAAAGCUGAUCUUGAUUCAGUGGAUGCUGGAGAUGAGGGUGAAAAAGCAUUUAAGGCCUUGGCUACUGCAAAGACUGUAGAUAACACGAAUGGGGAGGUUAAAGAUUCAUUAGAUGCAGAGGGACUAAAGAAUAAUUGUGCUGUUGAUAAACCGGAAGACAAGCCAUCUCAGCUGAGUAGGUCUGUUGAAGGGACAGUUGCUCCUGAAGUUGGAGAUUUAUUGUCUCCAGAGAAACUUAGAGAUCAGAAGAAUGAGAAGAUUGAGGCUGGUAAGUCUGAUUUGAGAUCAGAGGUUCAUUAUGAUUCUCAAUCGCAGCUACCUGAUGAAAUGGUAGAUAAAGUUCAAGAUAUUAAGUCAUCGACUGAAGAACCUGAAAAGAAAUCAGAGAAAGAUCAGGAAGAUAUGCAAAGUACCAAAGUGACUAGAGAUCAGGAAGUGCAACAACAUGCUCCGGUAUCUUCUCUUUCAUUAAAAUCUGAAGUGUUUGGAAAGAAAGCUGAUAUAGUUCAGGCGAUGAAGCAAAAUAUCCCCCGUGUUGAAGAACGUGAAAUUUCACCUACUCCGGUACCUUCAUCGUCGGUAAGAUCUGUAAAUUCUGCUACCCCUCCUCAUCCUGCUGGCCUUGGUCGUGCUGCUCCACUGUUGGAGCCUGCACCUAGAGUGGUGCAACAGCCUCGUGUAAAUGGCAAUGUCUCUCAGGCAGCACAACGGAAUGAAGAUCCUGCAAGUGGAGAGGCUGAUGAGAGUGAUGAAACUCGUGAAAAGCUUCAGUUGAUUAGAGUCAAGUUUUUGCGGCUUGCACAUAGGCUUGGGCAGGGUCCUCAUAAUGUUGUUGUAGCACAGGUUUUGUACAGAUUAGGAUUAGCUGAGCAGCUACAGGGGAGAAAUGGGGGCCGUGUUGGUGCCUUUAGCUUUGACCGUGCAAGUGCUAUGGCAGAACAGCUUGAGGCAGCUGGUAAUGAACCCCUUGAUUUCUCUUGUACAAUUAUGGUCCUUGGGAAGACAGGAGUUGGUAAAAGUGCUACUAUUAAUUCGAUAUUUGAUGAAGUUAAGUUUGGCACUGAUGCUUUCCAGACCGGUACAAAGAAGGUUCAGGAUGUUGUGGGUACUGUACAUGGUAUUAAGGUCCGCAUAAUUGACACACCAGGCCUCCUGCCUUCCUGGUCCGACCAACACCAGAAUGAGAAGACCCUUCAUUCUGUUAAGCAUUUCAUUAAGAAAACACCUCCGGAUAUCGUGUUGUAUCUCGAUAGGUUGGACAUGCAAACCAGGGAUUUUGGUGAUAUGCCCCUCUUGCGCACCAUCACUGAGAUCUUUGGUCCUUCUAUAUGGUUUAAUGCAAUUGUGGUUCUGACUCAUGCAGCUUCUGCUCCACCUGAUGGCCCUAAUGGUACAGCUUCUAGUUAUGACAUGUUUGUCACUCAACGCACUCACGUUGUCCAGCAGGCUAUUCGUCAAGCAGCUGGAGAUAUGCGGCUCAUGAAUCCUGUUUCAUUAGUGGAGAACCACUCUGCCUGUAGAACAAACAGGGCAGGCCAAAGAGUUUUGCCAAAUGGUCAGGUUUGGAAGCCUCAUUUGUUGCUUCUUUCCUUUGCAUCUAAAAUUCUGGCUGAAGCAAACACACUUUUGAAGUUGCAAGACACUCCUCCGGGAAAGCCUUUUGCUACUCAAGCAAGGACUCCUCCUUUACCUUUCCUUCUCUCAUCUCUUCUUCAGUCAAGACCGCAAGUUAAGCUGCCUGAAGAGCAGCAGUUUGGUGAUGAGGAUGGUUUAGAUGAUGAUUUGGUUGAGUCCUCUGACUCUGAGGAUGAACCAGAAUAUGAUGAAUUACCACCUUUCAAGCGGCUGACUAAAGCACAGAUAGCUAAGCUUACUAAAGCUCAAAAGAAGGCAUACUUUGAUGAGUUGGAAUAUAGGGAAAAACUUUUUAUGAAAAAGCAACUGAAGGAAGAGAAAAGGCAGAGGAAGAUGAUGAAGAAAAUGGCUGCUGCAGCAAAGGAUCUGCCAAGUGAGUAUGGUGACAGUGCUGAAGAAGAAAGUAGUGGUGCUUCUUCUGUUCCGGUUCCCAUGCCAGAUUUGGCGCUGCCUGCCUCUUUUGAUUCUGAUAAUCCUACACAUCGGUAUCGUUACCUUGAUUCCUCCAACCCAUGGCUUGUGAGGCCUGUUCUAGAUACUCACGGUUGGGAUCAUGAUGUUGGUUAUGAAGGUAUUAAUAUGGAAAGAUUGUUCGUUGCUAAAGAUAAAUUUCCCAUUUCAUUUUCUGGCCAGAUUACAAAGGACAAAAAGGAUGCCAAUGUCCAAAUGGAACUAGCCAGUUCUUUGAAGCACGAGGGAGGUAAAGCAACUUCUUUAGGAUUUGAUAUGCAGACUGUUGGAAAGGACUUGGCCUACACUCUACGCGGUGAGACAAGGUUUAGUAAUUUCAGGAAGAACAAGGCAAAUGCCGGUAUCUCGCUUACAGUAUUAGGUGAUACAUUAUCAACUGGAGUGAAAGUUGAAGACAAAUUGAUUGCUAAUAAGCGGUUUCAGGUUGUCAUGACAGGAGGUGCCAUGACGAGUCGUGGUGAUAUUGCUUUUGGGGGCAGCUUGGAAGCACAAUUGAGGGACAAAGACUACCCUCUGGGUCGCUCCUCGUCCACACUUGGUCUUUCUGUCAUGGAUUGGCAUGGAGAUCUUGCCAUUGGAUGCAAUAUACAGUCGCAGGUUCCUGUUGGACGGUCUACGAACUUAAUAGCACGAGCCAAUUUGAAUAAUAGAGGUGCAGGACAAGUCAGCAUACGAAUAAAUAGCUCGGAACAGCUUCAGCUUGCUCUGGUUUCUCUCCUUCCACUACUGAAAAAGGUACUCGGUUAUUCCCAACAGAUGCAGUAUGGACAAUGAUGAAAACUAGGUUCCUAGUGCUGUAUCAUCUACAUGCGGUUAUAGGACAUUUUUUUUAAGAUGGCUCUCUAUCAGCUCUAUGCUGAAAUUUCUUUAAGUACCCUUCUUUAAAUAAACUAUAUCUCAGCAGA